AUGUCGCCCCUGUUUGUGGACGGGUUACUAGGGGAGCCGGGGGAGGAGACUCUCAUUAUGACGUAAGUCAACUUUAUUUACCCAAUUUUGAAUGAGAGCGAGACAGUAAGGGAAAACUCAGAGCCGAAAGUGGUGGAUGCAGGAUUCAAACGUUGGCCCAAAAGUGUGCUGUAUGUGGUCCGUAUAGACGACGGUGCUACCACUACACCACACAGUAAAAUGAAAUCACGUCUGAUUGCAGAUAUACAGUAUGUUUGAUAUGUUAACAUAAUGAAUUGAGAUUGAAUGAACCGUAACCGUGAAAGAUGUGUUAACAUUAUGUGUGGGAGUUUGCUCGUAUCCAAACCCUGGUAGAAACGACAGCGCUGACUGCCCAUUUUCCUAACAUGAAUUGAAUAGAUCCCUCUCAAGGUCUAGCCUCACAAAACCAUCUGUCUCGGGAUUAUGAUCACAGAGACAUCAAUGGUGUUGGGAGACCGGCGACAGCAGAACACUCCAUUUGAAGAACAUGAGGAACAUCAUCAAAAAUAAAAUAGUCGAUGUCUAAAGGACCGAAGAGGAAAGUAGGGCUCUAAAAGUUCUUGCUGCAUUAUGUAGCAACAUUAACUCAAUCGUUUUAAGAAACAUGGCAUAUGAAGUUUUCUGUCUUUUCUAUAACUUCUUUCAUUCUAGAAUGACCCACUUAGCUAUACUACAUGAGAUGAUACUGCUCUUAUUUGACUUUUUGGUGUAAAACCUUGAGGGCUGCGGCAUAAGGUUUCCCAUAGCCCUUACAUCCGUGUUUUAUAACACCUGUCAUCACCAUAACUGAGUGACGGACAGACAGUUGACUUUGUAGUCAGCACCGCAACCGAAGGGUAGGCCACAGCUGCUGAGACUGGGAGAGGGAAGGACAGAAGUAGGGAGAGAGAGAGUUGAGGGGAGAGACUGAGACAGAUGAAGGGAAAGAGAGGGGGGGGGGGGACUUACAGAGAGACAGUGAGAGAGGAAGAUGGAAGGAAAAGAUAGGAGAAAUGACUUUCUCCCUGUAGGCCCAGAGUGCUAUACACUACUAUGAACCAGCUGAGACAGACAGGACUAUGGGAUAUGAUACUGUUAGGAGAUUGUUGACAGCCUACUACAGCUUUUCACAGAAAAAAAUCUAUGUUGUACUCGUUUUCUCUGCAUCUCAGUGUAUGGACACCUCAUUAUUUAUCAUUAGUUCAUUUCAGACCAUUUUCUUAUCAAUGAAUAAUGAUUUUACAGUUAGUGACAGUUAUGGACCAGCGCCUCAGUCCGUUAAUUGAUGGAUUGAUUGUGAUAAAUUUGUUGUAUGAUUAGCAGAGAUAGGAGGUAAAUUCCAGAAACACUCCCACCCAAUUUUCUCGGAGAAGUAAUUUUAUCUGAGACGUGUGAAUGUUCAUUUGAUGUGGUGUCAUAACCUUAAAUGUCUGUUGAAGUUUGUGUUGAAUCUGAGGGAAAGUGAUUGUAAAGUGAUUAAUUUAGAUUCCAUAGUAUACAUUCCAUUAGUUGCCAAAUGCCAUUUCUCUAAAGCUUUUAGUAAUAACUGUCAUGUUCGUCCAAGUCAAAGAAAGAAAAUAUCUUGACUCCUCGGUCUGACAACUGAGGGACUUCCUAAUAUGGGUGCUGUACCUGACACUCCUUAGUUUGUCUAGUGUUUUUCUCUCUGCCACCUUCUGUCACCCUAAUAAUUAUAACCAGACUUCUGUGUUUCAGUGUAGUGUACCUAUCAGUGUUCACAGCUGCUGUGGCUUUGCUAUCUGACAACCAGAUACCAGUGUACCUUUUCUGCUGCAGCUGUACGGUUCUUUGCUGUUUGCAGGAUCUUUGGCCACGUCAGUCACCGGUCAGAGUGGCAGCUGGUCAAGAUUGAUUUCAGGUCCAUCUUCAACCGGAGAUGUACAGAGGGGGACUACCAGACAUGGCACCUACACAACCGGGUAAUGGCACCUACAUAACUCUGUCUGCAGAAGAACUGGCUUCAGAGGCCUACCUCAGCCUUGUCAUUACAGCUUUGGACAGCUCCCAACAUGUAGCAUACUAGCAACCCCACUCUCAGUGCUUUAUGACCAAAGCACUUCCAUUGCAAGAAGUUGUGAGCACUUUAUAUCUUGCACUUACCUCUAUUUUGAAGUGUCACCCAAACUUUUAAGAUGGGGAUAGAACUUGUAACUCACUCAGACUUCUUCAAAAGGUGUCUAACGUUAGGAAAAUGUUAUUAAGUUAAAGCUGCAAUAUGUAACUUUUUGGGCGACCUGACCAAAUUCAUAUAGAAAUGUGAGUUAUAGAUCUGUAAUUCUCAUUGAAAGCAUGUUCUAUGUGCGCUAUUUCUAUGCUUCCCAUUCAUAAGUUUUGUUUUUGCGUCUUACUUACGAUUUUGUACACCAGCUGAAAAUACAAUAUUUUUGGUUAUGCAAAAUAUAUUUCAUAUGGGUUUAGAUGGUACACUGAUUCUCUACACUAUACUUGUCACAUAAACUAAAAUUAGGCCAGCUAUUAGAAAUUUAGCAACCAGGAAACGGUGGAGUGAAUUCUGCAUAAUGCAUCUUUAAACUGCUACAUUUUAAUUUUUGUCAAACUCUCUUAUCCAGGUUAAGUGCCUUGCUCAAGGGCACAUCGGCAGAUUGUUCACCUAGUCGUCUCGGGGCUUCGAACCAGUGACCUUUCGGUUACUGCCUCAACGCUCUUAACCGCUAGGCUACAUGCCACCCCUACUACUACAACGUGUGCUUUGGGACCAUUCCCACAAACCCCCAUCUCUUAUAAUUUACUUGAUAGAGAGGUCUAGAUAGACUGAGACCCUUGAUCAAAUGAAAUACUGUUUUGGCAUGCAGUGUACUGCUUGAUCACUCCCCUACAUCCACGCUCUGCUUUGUGUUGAGCUGUGGAGUGUGCGCUGGACAGGUGCCGGACGUUCCUCUCCCUUAGGCCCAAAAGCACUUAGGCAUACUGCCUCUAAUUCUUGCUGAUGUAUAUGUGUCUCUACAAUUCUCCUUAAAAAACACUGCAUACAUUUGAGGUAGAGCAUUCGCUCAGGCUCAAAUGUAUGCAGUGUUUCAUAAGUAGAGCCUAGACAGACCCAGAGUCAAACAUAAGGAUGAGACGGAGAGUGCUUCUUUAUUCUGACCAAGCUACCAUAAUUGACUCAAACACCCAUAUGAUUGGUUGGCCCUAAUGAUCAAAACAUAUAGCCAUGGAAGUGGACAACAGUCCAAUUCAAUUAUAGAGGUAAACAUUGGGCAGCAAGAAUAGAUUGGGAACUGGUCCAAAGGAAAGGCUGUGGUGUGUGUUUUUAAAGCAACAGUCUGUCAUAUCUGUCAUAUUUACCCUCAGCUUGCCAGACAAAGUGGCAGGGUAAGGUGUUGAAAUGGCAGAUUGUGGCUUUAAGACCAUUUGGACCCAAUCAGGCCAUUUGUGUUAUCACGUUGAACACCAGGGAUAUAUAGAGCUCUUACUGCUGAUAAAUGGAGAUUUAAGAUUGGAAGCAUCUCACUACUGACACCUAUUGGACCGACUAAGAAAGUUUCCCUGGAUUACUGUAGUCAAGCAAAGUAAAAACCCCACAUUCAGUGUGUAGAGAGAGAGAGAGAGAGAGAGAGAGAGAGAGAGAGAGAGAGAGAGAGAGAGAGAGAGAGAUACUCUGGAACACUUCUCCUCUAGCCUCCUGUUAAACCACCUGACUCUAUGAGAGAGAGAAUGGCAGAACCACCAACUCAAGCGAGCUGCAACAGCUUGUGUGUAGGAUACAUGAGAGAGAAGUGUUUUAAGUUUAACAUCGCUUAUCGCUAGCACACCACACAACAUGGUCCUCAGUGGGCAUCGAUGCAAAAUAAUCCCAUGUAAAGGAAAAAGCAACGGCAUGCCUUUUCACACACAGUAUGAUACAGAUAUGGUUCACCGCACUGCGGUAAAUUAUUGAUGACGAUGGGGUGAAAUAUAACAAAAACAACCCUUUUUCUCAGUUUUUUUUGUUUCAAUUCGUAAAAUAUAUCCACAGGGCGAGCCGUGCAUCAUGGGAGUGAAAAGAAUCUACAGGAAGUUGAAGCCCGUAGCCAGGUGCGUUAUGGGUAAGACGUACUCGGUGACGAUGACCUCGGCGCCCUGCGACUGCACAGAGGCCGACUUUGAGUGGUGAGUAGACAGAUGGGUCCCCGUUCACAUUAAGUACCCCUAAAUGAUGCAUAAGUAGGUACAGUGUAAAUACAAUGUAAGUAAACUGGCACACAAUAAACAUAGUAAACAUUACACAAGUUAAUGGUUUACUUGAAUGGAAUAGUGCUGAAAUAGAUCAAAUAACUGGAACUGGCUGAGGGUACUUGAGGAGAGACUCCAACACACUACUCGAACAUAAAAACACAUUAAGCAUUACAACUACUGCCUAAGCCGCCCUAUCAAUAUACCACUGGCAUAUGGAGUGGAGGAUGAAAAAAAGAGGUCUGGAAGUGAAGUUUGAAAAGAUAAGAGAUCACCGUCAUGGUGAAGCUCACUCCAGAUUAGAAUUGCAGAGGAGACUUAGCUGCUGGAUUCUCUUGGAGGCUGCCCCGGCUAAAUGGAAUGCAGUCAACUGCACCACUCCAAGCUGUGUGUGUGUUGAAGAAUGAAGGAAAAAGUACAGAGAGAGAGGAGGGUUGCCAGGAUCCAAGUUUGCAUGCUGAUAGGGAGUGGGAUAGGGAAGUGUGUGGGGGUGCGUGUGAAUGUGUGUGUGUCUUUCUCCUUGAAUGUCUGCCAUUGCUCUCCCCUACAAUGUCGUCAUACGUUUAAGAAACCAACUCUGUCACUGCUUUUGUGGCUUUCAGCUUUUGCCAGUGACUCUCUGUUCAUCAACGACACAUUUCCAAAGCAUAUUUGCUACAAACUUCACAAUCCAUUUCUUUGAAUGAUCUAUCAGUAUUAUUAAUGUUGCUUUUGUCAAUUCCCAAAUCCGUGGGCCCCUUGAGUGAGGCGUAAACUUGGAAUGCGUUUUAGUAAGAGACAAUUAAUCGUCGGGCUUAAUAGUGUUCAUUAACAAUCACAACAUUUCUGCAUCUGUGUGCAUGUCGGCCUAAUUGGGCCAAUUUGUUCCUAUCAUUUUGGGGACGCGCGUGCUGGCAACGUUGCCUUUUAAUUGUAGGACAAACAACACAGAGCUGUGUUUUUAGAAAACAAAAAAAGGCAUUUUUUUGUCAAAUCAGUUUGUUUGAGAUGUGUUUUCAGGCCCCAGUGCAGAGUCCCACCCCAAACCCUCAAAGACAAUUCCUCUAUAUCACAUUCAUCAAAUGUAUCAAAACAAACUUUGUAGAAUUUCACUCAACUGUAUUAAUGCAAUAAUUGUAGCAUAAACAACAUUGGCUGGGUUUGAAAAACUAAAAAGGCAAUAUUAUACAUUUUAUUACCAUUGAAAUACUUCAAUUAUUUUGACUCCAGGGUCACCAGUAUGAGUCAGUAAUUGAAUCACUUAUAAAAGUUUACUUUGUAGCGUUUCACUCGACUGUUUAUUUUGGUAUGAUCCAAACAUUACAGUGACUAUGGCUACGAGAGGCGGAGUGACGGCAAGUGCACCCCCGCCUUUUGGUUCCUCCCAUCGUCCAUGUCUAGAAGCUGUACCACAGGGACUACUUUCAUCAACAGCACUGGGUAAGCAGAUUAUCCCCAGCACUCUCAGUAGCCUCUUACAGAUGUUGGAUCUUAAUUUGAUCAGCCUGUUGCAGAAUAACUUUCCUGCAAUGCAGGAAAUGUAACACUUGUAGAGUAUUUGAGGUUUAAAAAGGCUUCUGAAGUUUGUUAUUUUCCCUUACAAAAAAUGUAUCAAGCCUUACAAAAAUGUCCAUUAGCCUUUUCCUGCAGUCAAUGACCAAAAGCUCAGUUUUCGGUCCCAUGGGUGAAUGUUAUUAAUAUUUUUCAUAAAAACAACAAAAAUCUGGUGUUUCUAUGUCGAACAUUUUUGGUAUAUUUCAGUCUUCUGUGAUGUAUAUGAAGAGUAAUUUUGGGAUGCAAACUCAAAAUGGAAUACAUUUAAACUCUAUAUCUGACAUGGUACAGGUGCCUUCCUUUUUUUAAAGCACAUAACCAUGUGUGUGAGAUGUGUGUGAGUAUACUCUUGUUUCAAAGUAGAUUUGUUUAAGACUACCAAUAAUGACUCUGUGUGACCCUGAUUUAGCCUACUGUAGUAAAAGGUUAAUUAAAAUCCACAUGAUAAUUCACAUUUCCUGUUGCUGCAGGAUUAUUUUCUGGCUCAAAUUAAGUUCCUACAUCUGUAUGUACACUCAUUCAUUAUUUAAUUAAAACUGACUGCAAAGGUAGACUUGGAAUAAGGAUAUUUCAAAUGACAGGACAUUAUUGUAAGAGAGUAUGUUCUCAGUAGCCAAGCUGCUUAAGUAAAGGUCGUUAUUUUCUAUGCUCAUGUAUCCAUCAGCAAAGCUUCUAACCGCAGUUGUGACCUAUGUACAUUCAGCUACAGGAAGGUUGUGUCCAAUAACUGCACAGCGGGAGUGAUAGCAGAGUACAUGGCCAGGAGGCAGCACUGUCCUACCCAGGCCCCCAAAGGCCUGCACCUCGUCACCAGUGAAGGAAAGCUGACAGCUACGCUGGGCACCAAUGUCACCUUCCUGGUGUUUCUUGAAGAGGUGAGCGGUGUUUCCUUAGGAGAAAUACAGUAACUGGCUCCCUGUUCAUUCAGACCGGGCACUGACUUUAACUCAGUAUGGUAAAAUGUAUGUCAACUCUCCACUUCUGUAAUAACAACAAAAUACUCUCUAUUCUAUUACUAUGCCAUUACAUCUUCAUAUAAAGUGUUACCAAAUAACAUUAUUUCAAACAUACUUACAGUAGCUAGUGUAAGAAUACCGUAUUUUUUUCUAUCCUUGAUGACUGUUACUUCCUGUAUAGGGAGACGGAGCCAGGACGAGCAUCAUGGUGGACUUCGGGGACGGUCACGCUCUGACCUACUCCAACGUGAGCUCCAUAGAGGAUGGGAUCAAGCACAUCUACAAGGCUGUGGGGAUCUUCCGUGUGACCGCUACAGGAGAGAACAGCCUGGGGUCGGAGAGCGUGGUGCUCUACCUCCAUGUCACAUGUGAGUCUGUCUCUCACUGUGACCAAAUCAUGGUCCUCAACCUCCAUGCUUCAUGUUUGGUCUUCAACCUUUAACAUGUGAGUGUAGUUAAAUACCUUAACUUACCUUACUUCAGUGUAGCCCGUAAUCUACAGACAUAUGAGUGAGGUAGUUAUACAAUCAAAUCAAAUGAAAUGUUAUUGAUCACAUACACAUAUUUAGCAGAUGUUAUUGCGGGUGUAGCGAAAUGCUUGUGUUCCUAGCUCCAACAUUGCAGUAGUAUCUAACAAUUCACAACAAUACACAAAUCUAAAAGUAAAAGAAUGGAAUUAAGAAAUAUAUAAAUAUUAGGACGAGCAAUGUCGGAGUGGCAUUGACUAAAAUACAGUAGAAUAGAAUACAGUAUAGACAUAUGAGAUGAGUAAAGCAGUAUGUAAACAUUAUUAAAGUGACUAGUGUUCCAUUAUUAAAGUGACUAGUGUUCCAUUAUUAAAGUGGCCAGUGAUUCCAUGUCUAUGUAUAUAGGGCAGCAGCCUCUAAGGUGCAGGUUUGAGUAACCGGGUGGUAGCCGGCUAGUGAAGGCUAUUUAACAGUCUGAUGGCCUUGAGAUAGAAGACAUACAAUUCUAACACACAAAAUUGUUCCUUUGCAAACAUUUACAGCAAGUGUUGUUUUUGUUUUACUUGCAUAGAAAAGUGUUUCCCAACCCUGGAGUACCCCCAACAGUACACAUUUACAUUGUAGCCCUGGACAAACACACCUCAUUCAACUCAUUGAGGGCUUGAUGAUUAGUUGACUAAUUGAAUCAGGUGUGCUUGUCCAGGGUUACAAUACAAAUGUUUUCUGUUGGGGGUACUCGAGGACCAGGGUUGGGAAACUGGCAUAGAACAUUACAUUUCUUAUCUGCUUGUGUAAUAUGUCAUGGUCCGAGAUCAGUGGAGAUGAAGGUAGCCUAAAUCCCAUUACAAUUCCAGUCAAGCCGAAGUCAUUUUCUCUAUAUAAUAGCUCUUCAGGGUACCUCCACUCUAACUCUAACAUGCAAGUCAUUCCCGUCUCCUCUGUGAUGACGGGGCUGACCACCCCCGGUGGUUUCGUGAGUGACAGAUGUAACGUAGUUGACUUAUUGAUCAGGGAGCUGUGGGACCUUGCAAUCUGUCCAUCUUGAUGUGCCAGCCGUUACAAAUGGGACCAGCCAGGACUCAGGAGUGCCAGGGAUGAAAAAUAACACACAGAUGGUGACCACAGCGUCCCAGAACGGACCAGAUCCUCUGAAUGCAGCUCACUUUUUUUUUGUUAUGUGCCUUCAAUUCAUAAGGGGCCCAGAGACGGAUACUCUGAAGUUUUCUGCUUACCUUAAUUUAAUUAGAGCCCCCAAAACUUUAAGGAGUCAAUCGGUUCACUGUAAUACAUUGCUCAAAAAAAUUAAGGGAACACUUAAACAACACAAUGUAACUCCAAGUCAAUCACACUUCUGUAAAAUCAAACUGUCCACUUAGGAAGCAACACUGAUUGACAAUAAAUUUCACAUGCUGUUGUGCAAAUGGAAUAGACAACAGGUGGAAAUUAUAGGCAAUUAGCAAGACACCCCCAAUAAAGGACUGGUUUUGCAGGUGGUGACCACAGACCACUUCUCAGUUCCUAUGCUUCCUGGCUGAUGUUUUGGUCACUUUUGAAUGCUGGCGGUGCUUUCACUCUAGUGGUAGCAUGAGACGGAGUCUACAACCCACACAAGUGGCUCAGGUAGUGCAGCUCAUCCAGGAUGGCACAUCAAUGCGAGCUGUGGCAAGAAGGCUUGCUGUGUCUGUCAGCGUAGUGUCCAGAGCAUGGAGGCGCUACCAGGAGACAGGCCAGUACAUCAGGAGACGUGGAGGAGGCCGUAGGAGGGCAACAACCCAGCAGCAGGACUGCUACCUCCGCAUUUUGUGCAAGGAGGAGCAGGAGUAGCACUGCCAGAGCCCUGCAAAAUGACCUCCAGCAGGCCACAAAUGUGCAUGUGUCUGCUCAAACGGUCAGAAACAGACUCCAUGAGGGUGGUAUGAGGGCCCGACGUCCACAGGUGGGGGUUGUGCUUACAGCCCAACACUGUGCAGGACGUUUGGCAUUUUCCAAAGAACACCAAGAUUGGCAAAUUCGCCACUGGCGCCCUUUGCUCUUCACAGAUGAAAGCAGGUUCACACUGAGCACGUGACAGACGUGACAGAGUCUGGAGACGCCGUGGAGAACGUUCUGCUGCCUGCAACAUCCUCCAGCAUGACCGGUUUGGCGGUGGGUCAGUCAUGGUGUGGGGUGGCAUUUCUUUGGGGGGCCGCACAGCCCUCCAUGUGCUCGCCAGAGGUAGCCUGACUGCCAUUAGGAACCGAGAUGAGAUCCUCAGACCCCUUGUGAGACCAUAUGCUGGUGCGGUUGGCCCUGGGUUCCUCCUAAUGCAAGACAAUGCUAGACCUCAUGUGGCUGGAGUGUGUCAGCAGUUCCUGCAAGAGGAAGGCAUUGAUGCUAUGGACUGGCCCGCCCGUUCCCCAGACCUGAAUCCAAUUGAGCACAUCUGGGACAUCAUGUCUCGCUCCAUCCACCAACGCCACGUUGCACCACAGACUGUCCAGGAGUUGGCGGAUGCUUUAGUCCAGGUCUGGGAGGAGAUCCCUCAGGAGACCAUCCGCCACCUCAUCAGGAGCAUGCCCAGGCGUUGUAGGGAGGUCAUACAGGCACGUGGAGGCCACACACACUACUGAGCCUCAUUUUGACUUGUUUUAAGGACAUUACAUCAAAGUUGGAUCAGCCUGUAGUGUGGUUUUCCACUUUAAUUUUGAGGGUGACUCCAAAUCCAGACCUCCAUGGGUUGAUACAUUUGAUUUCCAUUGAUAAUUUUUGUGUGAUUUUGUUGUCAGCACAUUCAACUAUGUAAAGAAAAAAAUAUUUAAUAAGAUUAUUUCAUUCAUUCAGAUCUAGGAUGUGUUAUUUUAGUGUUCCCUUUAUUUUUUUGAGCAGUGUAUAUAUUUGUAUACAAAUAUUAUGAAUGCAACUACAUUUUUUGUGCCUUCAUAUCAUAAGGGGCUACAAACUUACUUUGUGUAGUUAGUCAGUUCACUGUGAUGCAUUUUUAGGGCAGAUCAUUUUGAAUGCAACUUCAUCCAUUUCAGAAGAGGCCCCAAAACUUUGUGGAGUCAGUCGGUUGACUGUGAUGUAAUUGUGUUACUGAACACAACUCACUUUUUAUCGCCCCUUCAUUUUAUAAGAGGCCUCAAGACUUUGUGGAGUCAGUCUCAGUGGGUUCACUGUCAUGUAUUUUUGUGACUUUGAGUAGGUCAGCUGGAGUAUAUCCAUCUCUCCACUCCCUUUGUGGCGGUGAAGAGUAAGGAAGUCAACCUCACCGCUGUGCUGUGGCCUAGCCAAGUGGGAACAGUCACCUACAUCUGGUGGUUCGGAAAUAACAGUGAGGUAAGAUAAGAUACUUCAAUACUGCUGGGACUUGUAGUUUUAUUGUAUGCUCAUCCUUCACACUGUAAGAUAAAGAGACGUGAAGAAAGAUUUGUGCUAGAUUUACAAAUUAGAGCAGUAUUUGUCUGACUUAAUUCAGAAUUUGUUUUGUUUGGUUGGGCAACGAGUUUAGCUACUAAUGCAGCUGCUAGCUAUGCUAGUGCAUGAGAAAAUGUUCCAGAAUUAGCAUAUCUGAGCCAUUUCAAGAACAAAUGGAGAUGCGAGUAACUACAGAGAAACCUGUUCGUGUCACAUGGAACUCUCCGCGGACAGUUCUAUGCAGCACAGCUGCGAUCAUGGUUCCUUGGGGGGUGAUGUGGGUUGUGUUUAUGUGUGUGGCUGCCUGCCUGCCUCCCGGCUGACACCUCUGUAGUGUAAAUAGUGUCUGUGUGAGAUGUUAACAAGGUUGAUAAGGGCCUCCCAUGGGAACCCCCUUGCUCUCUCGCUCUUCCCCUCUCUCUCUCUCUCUCUCUCUCUCUCUUACUCUCUCUCCCCUCUCUUUCUCUUUGCAGCCGAUAAUCACCCUGGAAGGGAGCGUGGCGUGCACGUUCUCCCGGGAAGGCGUCAACACUGUCACCGUGCAGGUGUCCGCUGGGAACGCCAUCCUGCAGGACCGGAAAACCAUCGCUGUCCACGGUGAGCAGUGAGCACGGUGGUGGUGACGAUGACUACGCUGUUUUUUUGGUUUUGUUUUGUGUUGUAAACAGCCAUGUAUACUGCCAGAGGUUUGUUUCUAGAAGUUUACUUAGAGGAGUUGACUUUGUAGAUUUUAGUGCACUGGAGGUUGGCUAGUAAGUAUGACUCAAAGUAAUUGUUUACUACUCAUUAAUUUGACACAUUUGUUAUUUGAGACAAUGCAAUAGGACAGAAAUAGAAAAGCAUCGUCAUCAGCUGAUCAUCAUACACUUGUCACUGAUUGUUAGUUUUUUCUCUGUGUAGAAUAUUUCAGGUCACAUCUACUAGCCUUCUCAUCUAACCUGGAUGACCACAACCCCGACGUGGCCGAAUGGAGACUGGACGUCAGCAGAGUCAUCAAGAACACCAUGGUUCAGGUGAGUGGUCCUCGUAUCUAACUGUAUAUUACAGACACACACAGACACACACAGACACACACACACACACAUACACACACACACACAGACACACACAGACACACAGUAUAUACUGAGCAGAAAUAUAAAUGCAACAUGCAACCAUUUCAACGAUUUUACUGAGUUACAGUUCAUAUAAGGAAAUCAGUCAAUUCAAAUUAAUUAAUUAGGCCCUAAUCUAUGGAUUUCACAUGACUGGGCAGGGGCACAGCCAUGGGUGGGGCUGGGAGGGAAUAGGCCCACCCACUUGGGAGCCAGGCCAACCCACUGGGGAGCCAGGACCAGCCAAUCACAAUGAGUUUUUCCCCACAAAAUGGCUUUAUUUCCCCCCCACACACACACACCUCAAACGAUCCCGCAUGUAAAGAAGUCAGAUGUGGAGGUCCUGUGCUGGCGUGGUUACACUUGGUCUAUGGUUGUGAGGCCAGUUGGACUUACUGCCAAAUUCUGUAAAACGAUGUUGGAAGCAGAUUAUGGUAGAGAAAUUAAGAUUCAAUUCUCUUGCAACAGCUCUGGUGGACAUUCCUGCAGUCAGCAUGCCAAUUGCACGCUCCCUCAGAACUUGAGACAUCUGUGGCAUUGUGUUGUGUGACAAAACUGCACAUUUUAAAGUGGUCUCUUAUUGUCCCCAGCACAAGGUGCACCUGUGUAAUGAUCAUGCUGUUUAAUCAGCUUCUUGAUAUGCCACACCUGUCAGGUCAAUGGAUUAUUGUAGCAAAGGAGCACUAACAGGGACGUAAACACAUUUGUGCACAAAAGUUGAGAGAAAUAAGAUUUUUGUGCAUAUGGAAAAUGUCUGGGAUUUUUUAUUUCAGCUCAUGAAACAUGAGACCAACACGUUUAUAUUUUGGUUCAGUGUAUUUAGUCUGUGGCCCUCUUUACAAUACAUCCUCUGUGACCUCAGGUUGCGACUGAGAUGAAUCUACGGUUUAUGAUGUUAAAUGACAAGGGAAAAUUACUUCAAGUACAUUCUAAAUUGCUGUUGCACUGCCUUCCCUGUCACAUUGAACUCUGGAAUUGCUGGUCGCCUGUGAGUUCAGGGUCGUAUUUGUGGAGGCCAUACAUGUACAAAUAAAUCUCACUGAACGUCUGAUUGUCAUGGUUUAGUGAAGUUAGACCCAGCUGGACUGUAGCUCCGAAUGUACUCAACCGUCAGUGUGAGGGACAUACACUACAUUAACAAAAGUAUGUGGACACCUUCUCGCCAAACGUCAUAUUCCAAAAUCAUGGGCAUUAAUAUGGAGUUGGUCCCCCCUUUGCUGCUAUAACAGCCUCCACUCUUCUGGGAAGGCUUUCCACUAGAUGUUGGAACAUUGCUGCAGGGACUUGCUUCCAUUCAGCCACAAGAGCAUUAGUGAGGUCAGGCACUGAUUUUGGGCGAUUAGGCCUGGCUCGCAGUCAGCGUUCCAAUUCAUCCCAAAGGUGUUUGAUGGGGUUGAGGUCAGGGCUCUGUGCAGGCCAGUCAAGUUCUUCCACACCGAUCUCGACAAACCAUUUCUAUAUGGACCUCGCUUUGUGCACGGGGGCAUUGUCAUGCUGAAACAGGAAAGGGCGUUCCCCAAACUGUUGCCACAAAGUUGGAAGCACAGAAUCGUCUAGAAUGUCAUUGUAUGCUGUAGCAUUAAGAUUUCCCUUCACUGGAGCUAAGGGGCCUAGCCCGAACCAUGAAAAACAGCCCCAGACCAUUAUUCCUCCUCCACCAAACUUUACAGUUGGCACUAUGUAUUGGGGCACGAAGCGUUCUCCUGGCAUCCGCCAAACCCAGAGUCGUCCGUUGGACUGCCAGAUGGUGAAGUGUGAUUCAUCACUCCAGAGAACACUUUUCCACUGCUCCAGAGUCCAAUGGCAGCGAGCUUUACACCCCUCCAGCUGAUGCUGCUCGGCCAUGGAAACCCAUUUCAUGAAGCUCCUGACGAACAGUUCUUGUGCUGACGUUGCUUCCAGAGGCAGUUUGGAACUCUGUAGUGACUGUUGUAGCCGAGGACAGACGAUUUAUACGCGCUACGUGCUUCAGCACACACCGGUCAUAUUCUGUGAGCUUGUGUGGCCUACCACUUCGCGACUGAUCCGUUGUUGCUCCUAGAAGUUUCCACUUAACAAUAACAGCACUUACAGUUGACCAGGGCAGCUUUAGCAGGGCAUAAAUUUGACGAACUGACUUGUUGGAAAGGUGGGAUCCUAUGACGUUGCCACGUUGAAAGUCACUGAGCUCUUCAGUAAGGCCAUUCUACUGCCAAUGUUUGUUUAUGAAGAUUGCACGGCUGUAUGCUCAAUUUUAUACACCUGUCUGCAACAGGUGUGGCUGAAAUAGCCUAAUCCACUAAUUUUAAGGGGUGUCCACAUACUUUUAUAUAUAUAGUGUACUUCAAAUCCACACAUGACAUGUUGGGUAGACAUUGUAGUAUCCACAAAAUGUAUUGAAUUGCUCAUACUAUUCAGUAUAUUUGAGAACGGAAAUAUUUGAUUCAAACAGCUCCGGACCUGAGUAGUAUGAUAAUUUCAGAUCUAAGUCUCAUUGAUGUUUGUAAUAAUGUAUCACAGUAAGUAUUUCAGCAAUGUAUCGCAGUCACACUAAUUACAACCAUCCAGACAAUUCCUAUUUUUCAAUGCCACUGCUUUCCUCUUUGAUGAUGUGCUUAAUGACAUGAAAAGCGAUCUAGUCUAGUCCUAAUGGUUGAUGGGGAAUUCUUUCUGUUAUUCUUCCCUUUCCUCUUCAUCUUCCUCCUCUCCCUCUCCAUCUCCCUCCUCCUCCUCUUCUUCCCCUCCCUCCUUUUCCUAUUCCCCUUCCUCUCCCAACUCCUCUUCCUCAUCCUACCCCUCUCCCUUCUCAUCUCUCUCUUCUUCCUCUCCCUCCUCCUCAUCUUCCUCUAGGCCACGGGGAUGAGCCCGGAGCGGCUCCUUGUCACCGUCCUACCUGGGUUGCCCACGGCAGCAGAGUUUUUCAUCCUGCCAGACAAAGAGUUAACGGAGGGCAAGCCAGAGAAGAACUCAGCUCAUUUAGACCAGGUAUGAUUGAUUAAAUAACAGGCAUGUUGUGUCAGUUGAAACAUAGACAUAACAUAUUAUUGGCCUUAGCCUUAUUCAAAUGCAUGAUAUAAAGGCUUAUUCAUGCUUAUAACAGGUUAAAAAAGCAUUAUACCUGUCAGUUAAUUAUUACCAAAAUGGGUAUCUGACAACUAAGUUUCCAUUAUUUCCAUAAAAGUAAACCAUAAAAUUGAAUGCAUUAAGUUCCUAUAUUGAUUAAUGCCAGAUGUUUGAGUUGGGAGUAGGAGCAUACUUUUAUGAGUUAUUUUGGCAUAUACUGUACUUACUCUGAAUUAUCACUGAAUGACAUUUGGAGCUAUAUUUUAGGAGGAUAUUACUCUGCUUGUUGGAUGUUUGGGUUUGACAGCUAAGCACUUGUUUUCUUGCACCAACAUGUUCGCCAUCUGUUGAUUUUCUUGUCAUUCCAUUUGGCAUAAUUUAGAGGUCUCCACUGAACUAAACAUGAGUAGGCUUAGAAAUAUUCAUUUUUCUAACAUUCUUCACUAAUACAUAGCUGUGUUAGUCUAUACUGCUACAUGGUCUGAAAACAUGCUGAGUUCAUCGUUUCUCCAGUAGAUGUCAAUAUUGUCCACAGAGGCUUACACAUGCGUGCGCGCACACACACGCGCCCCCACUCGCACGUGCGCGCACACACACACACACACACACACACACACACACACACACACACACACACACACACACACACACACACACACACACACACACACACACACACACACACACACACACACACACACACACACACACACAGAAUAUCAACUAGCCUCAUCAAUAAGUGUGACAAGCUUUCAAAAGUCCUCACUGGGGACGGCUUUACUGUAGAUUACCCCGAGUCAUCUCUAUGUGAGGGGGCGGAGUUGCAGUCUUUCACAGGAAUAAACCCAGACAAAGAUAGUGUCUCUGCUGAUACUGGCUUCUGAAUCACCUGCAGGUAUCAAGAUGUACUGAAUUAGCUCCAAGGCCCAUAUAAGAGAUAAUGGAUGAUCAUUAAAAAUAUCUGAAUAGAAUAGAACCAGGAAGAAAUUAAUUGUAUUUUCCCCUCCUCAAAUCUGCCUUAUUGCCUGGGUAUGGCAAGACCCUUCUCACUCAAGCCCCGCCAAUACAUCUUUAUUCAAGGUUUGCAUCUUGAAAGUCUAAUGUACGGGUGUGCUUAUUGGAAUGUAUAAUAGAUUUAGUGACCGCGAAAAAGUAAUUAUUCAUAGCUAUAGUCUAAUUUUAAACUUGGUAAGAAAUAUAAAAGCGGGAAGGAAUGUGAAGGACUGGGAGAAACUACUCAUAUCACAAUUCAUUUGGUAAAUGAGGCAGAUAAAAUUAAUGAAGCCUAGCAAAGAAAUAAAAUGGAUUCCGCAGGGAAAAGGGAAUUUGUUUAGCCAGGGUCUUUCUAUGCAUGAAGUGCAUACAUAUUCUCUGUUUUAGUCUUUGGCCCGAAUGCAAAGUCAAAAGGAUACAACUUUGUUAAAUGACAUAUCUGACCUAAUGUGUUACAGUUUAGAUUUAUAAUUGGUACAAAUCAUAAUUUGUGUGAUUGAUAUCAUAUGGACAGUAUAGUUCAGGGGAUUAUGCCCGGACUAGAUUGGAAGCAUCAUGAAAUGUAACACUGUAUUCCAGCUGCAGCCUCUAGGUCAGGGUGAUACAUCUGAUUUAUGUCCAAACUGCACGUUCUCGGUGCAAAAGGUUACUUGUCGCUCUAAAAACCGGAGUAAAAGCAAGGUUUUUCAUCAAAUAGGCUCUACAUUAUGUAUUAAAUUGGUGAGAACCUGCACGGAUUCAUCCAUAGAUAUUUCACUUUAACUGGGUUUCUGGGUGGAGGGAGGGUGCAGUGAAUUAACUAAGGUUUCAGUGAGCCGUGGGGUGUGUAGUAUCAGCCAUUGGUUGUGGGUAUCAGUAAGUAUGUGGUGGAAAGAUCUGCCUCAGCAUGGUAUGCAUGAGAAGAAACUCAUUCUGAGACGAACCAAUAAUGUGACUAGAGUGGUUAUACACUGCUGAAAACAAUAAAGGGAACACUAAAAUAACACAUCCUAGAUCUGAAUGAAUGAAAUAAUCUUAUUAAAUAAUUUUUUCUUUACAUAGUUGAAUGUGCUGACAACAAAAUCACACAACAAUAAUCAAUGGAAAUCAAAUUUACCAGCCCAUGGAGGUCUGGAUUUGGAGUCACACUCAAAAUUAAAGUGGAAAACCACACUACAGGCUGAUCCAACUUUGAUGUAAUGUCCUUAAAACAAGUCAAAAUGAGGCUCAGUAGUGUGUGUGGCCUCCACGUGCCUGUAUGACCUCCCUACAACGCCUGGGCAUGCUCCUGAUGAGGUGGCGGAUGGUCUCCUGAGGGAUCUCCUCCCAGACCUGGACUAAAGCAUCCGCCAACUCCUGGACAGUCUGUGGUGCAACGUGGCGUUGGUGGAUGGAGCGAGACAUGAUGUCUCAGAUGUGCUCAAUUGGAUUCAGGUCUGGGGAACGGGCGGGCCAGUCCAUAGCAUCAAUGCCUUCCUCUUGCAGGAACUGCUGACACACUCCAGCCACAUGAGGUCUAGCAUUGUCUUGCAUUAGGAGGAACCCAGGGCCAACCGCACCAGCAUAUGGUCUCACAAGGGGUCUGAGGAUCUCAUCUCGGUACCUAAUGGCAGUCAGGCUACCUCUGGCGAGCACAUGGAGGGCUGUGCGGCCCCCCAAAGAAAUGCCACCCCCACACCAUGACUGACCCACCGCCAAACCGGUCAUGCUGGAGGAUGUUGCAGGCAGCAGAACGUUCUCCACGGCGUCUCCAGACUCUGUCACAUCUGUCACAUGUGCUCAGUGUGAACCUGCUUUCAUCUGUGAAGAGCACAGGUCGCCAGUGGCGAAUUUGCCAAUCUAGGUGUUCUCUGGCAAAUGCCAAACGUCCUGCACGGUGUUGGGCUGUAAGCACAACCCCCACAUGUGGACGUCGGGCCCUCAUACCACCCUCAUGGAGUCUGUUUCUGACCGUUUGAGCAGACACAUGCACAUUUGUGGCCUGCUGGAGGUCAUUUUGCAGGGCUCUGGCAGUGCUCCUCCUGCUCCUCCUUGCACAAAGGCGGAGGUAGCGGUCCUGCUGCUGGGUUGUUGCCCUCCUACGGCCUCCUCCACGUCUCCUGAUGUACUGGCCUGUCUCCUGGUAGCGCCUCCAUGUUCUGGACACUACGCUGACAGACACAGCAAACCUUCUUGCCACAGCUCGCAUUGAUGUGCCAUCCUGGAUGAGCUGCACUACCUGAGCCACUUGUGUGGGUUGUAGACUCCGUCUCAUGCUACCACUAGAGUGAAAGCACCGCCAGCAUUCAAAAGUGACCAAAACAUCAGCCAGGAAGCAUAGGAACUGAGAAGUGGUCUGUGGUCACCACCUGCAGAACCACUCCUUUAUUGGGGGUGUCUUGCUAAUUGCCUAUAAUUUCCACCUGUUGUCUAUUCCAUUAGUUAUACUAUUUAAUGAUACUGCCAGAUGUCUUUAUUCUGUCUCUUAUACGGUGAAGUGUUUUGAGAUGUUUUAUGCAGUUUAGAUACAGUUGGAUUUGAUUUAGUGUUGAUCUAUAGACUAGCGGUUAAAAGCGUUGGGACAGUAACCGAAAGGUUGCUGGUUCAAAUCCCCGAGCCGACUAGGUGAAACAUCUGUUGAUGUGCCCUUGAGCAAGGCACUUGACCCUAGUUGCUCUGGAUAAGAAGCUAAAUGUAAAUGUACUCUCAUAGAUCUCUGCUAUAAAAAGUUCCAAUAAGUUGAUUUAGAAAUCUUAAUACUUUAAUUAUGUCAAUCGAUGCGCAUAUACUUUUUUAAAUUAAUGUUUUUUGUCGUGUUUGUCUCUCCCUCUCUAGCUCUCUGAAAUCUUGCUUAGCGCCCUCAACCAAAACCUGGUCCAGUUCACCCUUCGGCCUGGGGUCCAGGUCACAGUAUAUGCUGCACAUUUGUCAGCAGGUAAGUGUCUGCAUCUCUUCGAAAACAAAUACCUACAUUUUGGUUGUGUUUGCUAGGUGUAUUGAGGAUAACAGGGUAUUUUUAAUGAGUAUGUAGAUAGAUAGAGAUAGUUCUAGAUAGAAAUAGAGAGCCAGGGCCUGUAUUCAAUAAGUGUCUCAGAAUAGGACUGCUGAUCUAGGAUCAGUUUUGCCUUUUAGAUCAUAACAAAUAAGAUUAUAUGGAAAGGAAGGACCUGAUCCUAGAUCAGCACUAACUAACACCCCCCAACCCUGUUGUCUGAUUGGCUCCCAUCAUGUAGCUACACAGAGACAUUCAGAGAGUGAGCAUCGUUACAAGUGUGUGUGCCUCUUCCUUUUGGGGAUGCUGCUACUGUCCUAGGGGCUUAUAAGAUAAAGAGUAAGAGAAGUCAAUAAAUACUUACCGUAUGAAAAACUUAAUCACAAUGCAAUUUCAUAUUUUUUUAUUAAUUAUUUUGUUAUAUUUUGUAUUUUAUGAAUUAGUAGGUGUCACUUUUCAUGUUGAUUUCUUAAACGCAUGAUUUACUUGUUCUCUAUAGAAACUGUUUGGAAUUCAAUGUAUACUGUACUGUGUGACUCUUGUCUCCCACCUCUACAGCGCCCCUAGUGGACACGAGUGAGAACCACAGCGGCUCGGCCAUGCUGAUGCUGCUGUCGGUUGUGGUUCUGGGUUUGGCGAUAUUUGUCGUCUACAAAUUCAAAAGGUACAGUGCUCAUGAUAUGCUGUAGAGAUGAUCUCUAUAACCCAUAUCUGGUUGUAAGUUGCCAGGACGUUGGGAGAAUGUUACUAACCAAGUGGGAGAGUUCAUGAGUGUUGACGAAACAUUUUGAGUGAGCUAUGAUCUCACUGUUCGACUAGGGUCUAAUACCUCUUCUGACACAAAUUGUGAGCUAUGAGCUACAGUAUAAUUAUGGUUAUACAUCAGAAAGAACAUUGGUGGAAAGUUACUAACCAAAUGGGAGUUACUGAGUGUCUAGACAUUUGGCAUUUAACAAAAAUACUGUCUAUCAAACGUCUGUGUGAAAACAUAGCGUACACCUCCAGUUUCAAGGGAGAAAUGGCAUUUCUCUCAACGUUCUUAGAAUCCUUUUGUCGAGGCAUUCUCUCUGUACGCAAAUGAAAUGCCAGUCAGCCUUCAGGCAUUAUCAAUAUUUAGCCCUUUGAGCUUUGCUAGUUGACCUUUCUGAAAUGUUAAAUUAUUUCCGUCCACCAAGGUACAGUUCUGUGUGAAAAGGGCAGGAGGGGUCAAUGAGACAAGAUCUAUAGAAAGAAAGAGAAGAGAGAGAGAGAGCGAAACAACACAUAUGUCUUAGAAAAUAAAUGUGUUUAUACAGUAGAAUGUGUAAUUGCCUUCCUUUUUUAAUAAUAUUUUUUUCCCCCUUUUUUUUUUUAACAGCAAAUACAAACAUACACAUACGAACAACUUACAGAUACACACACAACGACUACAUCUCCUCUGCCCAGACCCUCUGACUUCCAAAGACAUACAGUAUAAUCUUUUUUUGCAUACAAAUAUAUACAAAAUUAUAUAUAAGGCCGGAAGCCAACAAAACAAAACAAUUAAGUCAACUGGGUAUAUCACCUGGGAGCGGCUACACAUUAUUGGGUUGUAAAGAGGAGUAUCAGAAUUAUUUGGUCCCCGAGGCAGGCAAUGCAACAUCCCUCUCCCAUUUUAUUAGCCUGGCGAACUUCUUUAUCCCCCGUCUCAUUGUAAAUCUUUCCUCAAGGAAGAUCCCAGGCCUCAACGUCUAUGCACAGAUGCAGAACGAAAAAGAACAAGAAAUGAUACCAAGUCCAGUAAGUCUGACGGAAAGCACCCUGGUGUCCCCGAACACUCCGAGGGAGCUGGUGACUUCUCCGGAGCUUAUGGACACCGAGUUGAACACACGGCCCAUCGGUGAGUGACUACGCCACUUUUAUUACAUUUGUAUUUUUCCUUUAUAUAUAUAUUUUAAAAAAAUAGUUUCUAAGUCUAGUACUACUAAUUUCAUUUCAAUUUUACUGCAAUUUCUUAUCAUAUAAUUUCAUUUCGUUCCAUCACUUUCACAUACUAGAUUGGUUGCCGUGAACCUAAGCUUUUGUGUCAUUCACAGAGACUUCCACUAAGGUUUUGAUUAAUAAAUUGAUAGCCCCAUUCCACUCAAGGUUUCAGCAAGAGCCUCAUUCAUUGUGGAGAAAUGUGACUUAACUCAUACUGACUGGAAUGUCUUCUGACAUCUUUCCUCAUGUCUCUGUCUCCCAUAAUUUUCUCCUUUAAAAGGAUGCAUCAAACCUCACGCACAUGUCAAGUUCUCAAAUGAACUCCCCACGUACAUCAACAUUUAAAAACUCUGGACAACUCCGAAAACAGCAACUCCAUUCUGUGUCAUGGACUUUUUUAACCAUUUGAGCAGACACAAUGGUUUUGAGCUUUAUACCUGUGCAUGUUGGACUUUACUGACUUUGCUGGCUCUGUGAAAACCAGAAGAAACUGUAUACAGGUUUUUAUUUUAUACAUAAUAUAUGUCUAUCCAAUAAAAAAUAAUUUUUGAUUAAAUGUAUUUAUACAAAGUCAAGUAUGUAACUAGAAAUGGAAAGCCAGCAUGAACUAAAGAAAAACAUACAUAAAAAACCACACUCUUUUGGUUAGCUUCCUGUAAGUGUCUUACAUCCUUUUGUGCUACUGUGUGUCGCUAACAGCGGUGGCACGCUAUUUAUUCCUAAGAAUAUACUUUAAAGUAUAUAAUUAAAUUUAAAGUCACAUUUAUUUUGUAAAUCAUGAAUGUCUGUUUGAUAUUUGUGUAUUUUAAUAACAAAUUACCAAACUAAACAGAAAAACUAUAUCAAUUAUUAAUACAACCAUUUUGUUUCCGUUCGCUGUCUCAUGGAAAGCUGAUUAUGGCACAAUACACUUUUGUACUGAAAUGUUUUGUUUUUGCUUACAAUGUAAUAAGUCAAAGACAGAUACAGGGUUUGGUUGUCUCUCUUGAUUUGGUGAUUUUAUUGAACUUUGCUCUUAAUCUUUACACUACGAGCUAUAUUUAACAAGAAACACUAGUUGUAUGACACUUUGUUUUUUCCCCAAUGUAAUAGCUUGCCUGAGAACCAUGGUGCUAGCUUGCUACCAUGAUAGGGACUUCAAGAGAAGCCAAUGUAGAUUAAAUAACUUUUCAGUUCCCUCUGACACCAUGCAUUAAUUAUACCUGAUUUCAUAGAAGAGAAAUGGGCAAAAGACAGUUCUUUGGGGGGCACCAAAAUCAGUCAACGUUUUCUCAAAGUAACCUUUUUUUCCUGAAAUUAUCUGAGGUCCCAAUUUGGAGGUUGCAAAAGUUAAAAUGAAAUCCAGCUGCUUUAAGAUGAAAUAUCAAGUGGAGCGUUCAGAGCGAAAAAAGAGUGGACUGCUUUUUAGUACAAGGCACACCAGGGCAUUGAAAUGGGGAGAACAGAACAGAACUGGAAGUCUAGUUUGGGAAUUUAGUUAAUGCAGCCAGUCAAGCUCAAGGCUGGUUAAGGUUGGUGACACAUUUAGGCUAAUGUCCCCCAGUCUCGGCCCCGUAUUCUCCAUCUCCAUAGCUUAUUAUACCCCCUUUCAAGAACCAAAGGAAGUGGAGCGCAGACAGUACGGGAAGAUGGGGUACAUGGAUGGUUAACUUGUUUUGAGAAGCAGGGUUAGACGCAGUCGAACCCCGAAGUGCUUCACAUGUGGAAUCUGACAGACGUGAUUGUUUGAUUGAUGGAAAUUGAAUUUCGGAAGGCACUUCUUAUUGUCCUUGUCGUUCUGUAGAGACAGUUAUGGAGGGGAAAUGUUGAUAGUUUUGGAAGCUUCAUAUAACCAUUAUUCUACUGUAGCUGGACAGUGAUGCUAAAAUAUUCCAAAUGACUUGAACUAUGUAGCAUACAUCUUGUAUACACACACAUGCACACACGAACAACCCACCCACCAACACACAACCUAGAAUGUAAAUCGAGAAAGAAACAGGACAAUGUUCGUGUCUAUGACCUUAGAAAAGAGAGGCCUUUUCAGAUGGAUAUGGACUAGAUACAUCAAUGUACUGUAUUGUAUGAAUUCAGAUGUAAUUUACUAACUCAUAUUGUUACAUUGCUAUCUUCCCAUAGUGUUUCAUAAGAAAGCGUCUUAGAUAUUUCAGUAUAAAAAAACAGCCCUUCCUCCAGUUUAAACAUGUAUAUUUGAGGCUGCAUGCUAGUACUUUUUUAAAUAACAAACCUGAUUUAAUCUUCUGUUAAUUUUUUUGGUAUAUUUUACUUACAAAUUGACAAGAACAUAGGCUAUUUCCACUCAGAAAGACUAAAGAAUAAAGUUGCUAUUAUUUUAUGUAUAUGAAAAACUAUGACAUUGUAGCAGCUUUUGGCUAUUGUUUUCACAAAUGACUGGUUGAACUACAGAAUAUAUAACUCCAGCAGAACAGCAGGAAACUCUAGCAAUAUGACUCUAAAUUUACUCCUGAUUAUCAUCACAUUAAAGGAUUUAAGAGACUUUUCUGAGUGAAUGGUCUCUUUAACAUAAGUCUUCGAAUAACAAGCUUUGCGUGCUCCAUGUAAGUAUUUUUACCUAUAGAACAUUGGCGGAGCUCUCAGAACCACCCCUUAGGCAAUAUUCAGCUGAGAAGGAUUCCACCGGCCCACACUGGCUCAAGUUAAGCACCUUCUGCCUUUGAAUCCUUCAGGUUCACAAAUGGAGGCGGACAGGUGGAAACUUCCUUGAAGCUCCACAGGCGAGUCAUAGGGAAACUCUGGCCCGGGAUGUUAAGACAUAUUGUGAUGUCACAGGACAGGAUGUUAUAACAUACUGUCAUGUCACAGGACAGGAACCCAAGGUGUGGGCUGGGCUCUAUACGAACGACAGACUAGUUAGAGCAAGAGAUGGCAUGUCCAGUUCUGAACAGCCUGAAUGUCUUGUUUCUAAAGCAGUCCUAAUAUGGACACCGUAAAACCCUUGUUUCACAUCUGAAACAAGGUCUGAUUUCUACCAGUGAAACCAGCAGUGUGGUAUCCAUUUUAGGACAGUAUCCAGGUGUGUGAAGGCAUUAAAAGGAAACCAGCAGACACUCAUGCCUCACGAGGACUGGAUUUUGUUCAUCCCUAAACUAUGACUUCGCUCUCUUCCCCCCAUAGAGUUAGUGAGAUUAUUUUUGUAGACAGAGUUUUAUUACUGUAAAGCUUUUAUAUAAAAAUACAAAAGUUUAGGUGUACAAUGUUUUUUGUUUUGACCUUAACUGUGCUGUGUGUAAUUGUUUUAUGCAUUUACAAUCAUAUUUAUUAAAUGGAAAGAAAGUUGAUGUUAAC